AGUUCGCCCACGAUCUUUAUUUACUGAAAAGGGUUUUACGGGAAUUGUCGCGCGGAAAGGGAAACGUAGUUGAUUUCCAUUUCGUUUUGCGACGUUUUUCGGUGGAAUUUCCUUAAUUACUUAGUAAUUAUAAAAGAUUGUGUUGUUCGGUAGGACGCAGGAAGUAAGCUAUUGGGAACAAGUGGCCGGAUAUUGUUGUCGUACGUCGUCAGUCGUUCAUCGCCUGCUGAUUGCUGCUCCUCUGGCUGGUGGUUGCAUACAAUUACCGUCAGCGAAGAUGAGUUGCAACGAUAAGAGCGACGGCAUAUCGCGCGAGGAAUGGCAAAGCCGCCUGGAAUCCUUUCCGUUCCAACAGAGUAACAUAAACAAACUCAUCAUGAACUACUUGGUAACGGAGGGCUUUAAAGAAGCUGCCGAGCAAUUCCAGAGUGAGUCAGGCGUGGCACCGACAGUGGACCUAGGUUCGCUCGACAGUCGAAUUUUGAUUAGGGAGGCUGUGCAGAACGGGUAUGUGCAGGAGGCCACCCAUCUUGUUAAUCAGCUCCAUCCGGAGCUGCUUGACAAUGAUCGCUACUUGUACUUCCACUUGCAACAGCUCCAUCUCAUCGAACUUAUUCGUGCCGACAAAAUCGAAGAAGCGCUAACUUUUGCCCAGACACAGAUCUCGGAGGCGGGCGAAAACGAUCCGGCCGUACUGGAUGAAGUAGAGCGCACGUUAGCACUGUUGGCAUUUGAAAAACCUCACCACAGCCCGUUCGCCGAUCUGCUGGAGCAGACGCACCGUCAGAAGAUUGCCAGCGAACUAAACGCCGCCAUCCUUAAGAUGGAGCUGCAAGAGCAAUCUAGCCCACGGAUGAUCAAUAUUCUGAAACUGAUUCGCUGGGCCCAGGGUGAGCUAGACAAGAAAGGUGUCAAAUAUCCGAAGAUGAUUGACCUCUCGAUGGCAGUGAUCGAUCCCAAGUUCGAGGGUAAAUAGCACGAUGGAUCCUAGGAUGCUAUCAUAUGUUGGCAAGGGCAUGCAGAAUUUUAAUCCGGCAUCCAACCAGAAUGUACACGUAUGACAAAAGGCAUACUAGGUGGCCAGUUAAUGUUCAACCGGUCCCUAGCCGGCCGAUUUGUAUGGCAGGUUCAGAAAACUGGCCAGUUAAACACCGGCCACCUUAAUCGCUUAAAACGUUAAAUGCUAAAAGGACAGUUUUAUAAAUCUGCUAUACAAAGUGACCGCUCAGUGAUCGAUUAACGGCCGCUUAUACAUCAACCGGCCACAUUACAUUGCACCUUUUGCCAUACAGGCUGGUACUUUUUGUUACACAUUUACAUCUAUAAGAACGGGCCCUAUCUUUGUACUUUUCAACAUAAAAAAGCAUUGUGAACAUAACAAAUUGCUGAUCCUUUUUCUUCUUUUCUUGCUUUUCUAUAACAUAAUGAUUCCAAAUCCUACUAUUCUGCAAGCCCGUCAACUCACGUUAUUAUUUCUACGAAUGUGAUACUUUUGAUUCGCAUGGUAUGGAUAGCGUUCGCCAGCACCGUCAUUUUGGACACCACACUUCUGCUUAAAUUGCUCAAUAAUUUUUCAAUGCCACUAGCAAACCAAACCAUUAACAAUGGUUUAAAUUAACCACGUAUAUUCUGACUUGCGCAGCAAUGCACGUAAUAAUUCCGUACAUAUGCUAUCGCCCUACUCAGCAUAACGCUACUUCAAGAAAAUGAAACAAAAUUUGACAAACUCAUACCGAAUGACAUAAAUGAUUAGAAAUGUAAGAGGCAUUAGAAAUCAAGCAAAUGAAGUUAGAUUUAACCAUGAAUUCUUCAGUCUCAAACACUACCGUACCGUACCGAUUAAUAAUGUAAGAAUGUCGUAUCGUUGUAUUCGGUUUGAGCUUGGGUUGUGUCUGAAUCAGAAAUAAGGAUCGCAAAAAGAUUUCUCUGCUUCGCGGUCUCUGAUCUUUCAACUUUGCAAGAACUACAAAAUCCUGCUCAAUCCAAGAUACGUACUAUUAACUGUGCCCUAGACGUGUUCUUCGGAAUUAGUCGGGUUGCGAGUGACUGAAUUAAUUUUCAAUUUCUAGCGUGGUUUAAUUAAGUUAUGUAUGCAUGGAAAAGCAAAACGUUACUAAACUGUGUGUUAUAAGUGUUAAUGGCAUUAAUUAUAAGCAUAACGCUAGUGAUUAGAACAGUGUUGUCUAAUCAAUCCGUAGGUUAUCAUUUUGAUUCGAGAAGGAGCGCUGCCGGACAUUUUCUACGAAUGGUCCAACACCAAGGAGCCAAUAAGCCUUCUAUGAUGCAAAGACAAGAGAAAUUGGCAAAGACUACAGAUAGCACAUGAUACAUUGGUAUUACAUGACUAAUAUACAUUUACAGUUCCAGUUACAUUAUUUUAUUCUUCUUGUUUGUCGUUAAAUUCAUUCGCUUAGCCGGACGAUUAACAGGAUUUAAUUACUAAUCGAAGAAUCUGCCUAGUUUAAAUCUUCACAGCAACGUAUACAUCAUUUAUUUAUAG